AAGCUUCUCUCAGCAGCGCUCCUCUGUACAGGAAGAAGGGCUCAGCUGCAGUGGUAGCAUCAACAGCAGCAUUAGCAGCACCAACUGCUUUAUUCGCCUUUCUUCCUUCCCUUCAUCUCCAUCUCCCUUUUCCCUCCCUCCUCCCACGUCUUUUGGGGGAUUGAUUUUCUUUUUUUUUUUUUUUUUUAUUAUUUAUUUUUCUACUCUACGAUCCUUGUUAUUUGAUACUUCGUGGCUUUUUUUUUUUUUUUCUUUCUUUCUUUUUUUUCUUUCCCCCUUCCUCUGAGAAGGUUCCCCAGCAACAAACACGCACAAACACAGAAAAAUAAGGAAAAGUACCGGGACUUAUCCUGCUGCUGCAAACCCAAAGAUAGCAGACGAAGAGGGGGUUUGGCUUCUACCCCAAGGUAAAGCCCUGCCCCCUUUACCUCCUCGACACCUCCUCCGAGAAAGAGAAGGAGAGAGAGCGAAGGGGGCCAAAGUGGAGACAAGCAGGUCUUCUGCGGCUGGCAUUUGGAGUACAGGGAGCCAGGAAGUGAAGGAUGGUUGUGGUUACCCGAGCUGGCUGCAGGGCAGCUCUCUUCCUCUGGAUUUUCAUCAGCAUUAGCUGCAGAGCCAGGACCGCUCUGCCUGCAUCUCAAAAGUGUGAUGAACCUCUGGUCUCAGCAUUACCCCAUUCCUCCUUCAGCAGUUCAUCAUCCAUGACAAGCAGCUAUGUGCCAGGGUAUGCCAAGUUAAACAAGCGAGGAGGUGCAGGAGGUUGGUCUCCAUCAGACAGUGAUCAUUACCAAUGGCUGCAGGUGGAUUUUGGGAACAGGAAGCAGAUUAGUGCUGUUGCAACUCAAGGCAGGUACAGCAGCUCUGACUGGGUCACUCAAUAUCGGAUGCUCUACAGCGAUACAGGGAGAAACUGGAAACCAUACCACCAGGAUGGAAACAUUUGGGCAUUUCCGGGAAAUACAAAUUCUGACAGUGUGGUCCGGCAUGAUCUGCAACAUCCAGUUAUUGCUCGCUAUGUAAGGAUAGUUCCUUUGGACUGGAAUGGAGAGGGCCAAAUUGGGUUAAGAAUUGAAGUCUACGGUUGUUCCUACUGGGCUGAUGUUAUCAAUUUUGAUGGCCAUGUAGUGUUACCAUACAGAUUCAGGAACAAGAAAAUGAAAACACUGAAAGAUGUCAUCUCUCUGAAAUUUAAGACAUCUGAAAGUGAAGGUGUAAUCUUCCACGGAGAAGGACAGCAAGGAGAUUAUAUCACCUUGGAACUGAAGAAAGCCAAACUUGUUCUAAAUUUAAAUUUAGGCAGCAACCAGCUUGGCUCUAUUUUUGGCCACACAUCUGUGACAACAGGCAGCCUCUUGGAUGAUCACCACUGGCACUCCAUCAUCAUAGAGCGCCACGGCAGGAACAUCAAUCUCACCCUCGACAGACACAUGCAGCACUUCAGAACAAAUGGAGAAUUUGAUUAUCUGGACCUGGACUAUGAGAUAACCUUUGGAGGCAUGCCUUUUUCUGGCAAGCCAAGUUCUAACAGUAGGAAAAAUUUCAAAGGCUGCAUGGAGAGCAUCAACUACAAUGGCAAUAAUAUCACUGACCUUGCCAGGAGGAAGAAAUUGGAACCUUCAAAUGUGGGAAAUUUAAGUUUUUCUUGUGUGGAGCCACACACAGUGCCUGUCUUUUUCAAUGCCACCAGUUACCUUGAGGUUCCUGGUCGUCCAAGCCAAGAUCUGUUUUCAGUCAGUUUCCUUUUCCGGACCUGGAACCCAAAUGGACUUCUUCUCUUCAGCCACUUUGCAGAUGACCUUGGGAAUGUUGAGAUUGAUAUAAAUGAAGGCAAAGUCAGUGUCCAUAUCAACGUCUCCCAAGUGAAGAAGAACCGGAUAGACAUCUCAUCAGGCUCUGGUCUCAAUGAUGGGCAGUGGCAUGAAGUUCGAUUCCUGGCUAAGGAAAAUUUUGCUGUCCUCACCAUUGAUGGCGAUGAAGCUUCAGCUGUUCGAACUAACAGCCCUCUACAAGUCAAGACAGGAGAAAAAUAUUUCUUUGGAGGGUUUCCAGCACAGAUGAAUGACUCAGAUCACUCCCUAUUUGAGCAUUCUUUCCAAGGAUGCAUGCAGAGUAUUCAUGUGGAUGAUCAGCUGGUGGAUUUGCAUGCAGUGGAGCAUGGAGAGCUGGGAAGCUUUGCCAAUGUCACCAUUGACAUGUGUGCCAUUAUUGACAGGUGUGUGCCCAAUCACUGUGAACACGAUGGUAAAUGCACCCAGACGUGGGACAGCUUCAAGUGCACUUGCGACGGAACUAGUUACAGUGGUGCCACUUGUCAUAACUCUAUUUAUGAACUCUCUUGUGAAGCAUACAAACACUUGGGCAAAACUUCAAAUUACUACUGGAUAGAUCCAGAUGGCAGUGGGGCACUGGGACCUUUGAAAGUUUACUGCAACAUGACAGAGGAUAAAGUAUGGACAACUGUGUACCAUGAUCUGCAAGUGCAGACUUCUGUGGGAGGCAACAGCCCGGAGAAGUUAUCUGUGCUGCAGCUUAACUACAGUGCCGCAAUGGACCAGAUUUCUGCCAUUACCAGUAGUGCUGAAUACUGUGAGCAGUUUAUCUCCUAUUCUUGCAAAAUGUCACGGCUGCUGAAUACACCAGAAGGGAAUCCAUAUACCUGGUGGGUUGGAAAAGCCAAUGAGAAGCACUACUAUUGGGGCGGAUCAGGACCUGGCAUUCAAAAAUGUGCCUGUGGCAUCGAACGCAACUGUACUGAUCCCAAGUACUACUGCAACUGUGAUGCUGAUUAUAAGCAAUGGAGGAAAGACAGUGGGAUGUUGUCAUACAAAGAGCACCUACCAGUCAGCCAGGUGGUGGUUGGAGAUCUAGACCGGCCUGGGUCUGAAGCCAAGGUGUCCGUGGGUCCUGUGCGCUGCCAAGGAGAUCGGAAUUACUGGAACGCAGCUUCUUUCAUUACUUCAUCAUCUUACCUCCACUUCUCCACCUUCCAAGGGGAAACCAGUGCAGACAUCUCUUUCUACUUCAAAACAUCAGCCUCAGAUGGGGUGUUUCUUGAGAAUCUGGGGAACACUGACUUCAUCAAACUGGAGCUGAAAUCUGCUACCGAGGUCUCCUUCUCGUUCGACGUCGGGAACGGGCCGGUGGAAAUCGUGGUGAGAUCUCCCAACCCUCUCAACGAUGACCAAUGGCACCGGGUCAAUGCCGAGAGGAAUGUCAAGCAGGCCAGCUUGCAGGUGGACCAGCUACCCCUGGAGGUCCGGAAAGCUCCAACAGAAGGACACACACGGCUGGAAUUGUACAGCCAGCUCUAUGUUGGUGCUGCAGGAGGCCAGCGAGGCUUCCUGGGCUGCAUUCGUUCCCUGAGGAUGAACGGGGUGACGCUGGACCUGGAAGAGAGAGCCAAGGUCACGCCCGGGGUGAAGCCUGGCUGCUCUGGUCACUGCACCAGCUACGGCAUGUACUGUGCCAACGGGGGGAAAUGCGUGGAGAAAUACAAUGGCUACUCCUGUGACUGCUCCAAAACUGCCUACGAUGGGCCAUUCUGCAUAAAAGAUGUGGGAGCAUUUUUUGAAGAGGGAAUGUGGCUUCGUUACAACUUCCACUCCCCAGGGACUAGCGUGAAGGAUUUAGUUAGCCGGACGCUUUUGAGUUCUGCAGAUCCUGAGAUCACAGCACCCGACCUCAGCUUGAACAAGGAAGAGCUCAGCUUCAGCUUCAGCACCACCAAGUCCCCUUGUGUCUUAUUUUACGUCAGCUCCUACACUCCGGACUUCAUGGCUGUGCUUGUGAACCCCACUGGUAAUCUGCAAAUUCGGUACAACCUCGGGGGCACCAAAGAGCCAUAUAACAUUGACAUUGACCACAGAAACAUGGCCAAUGGCCAGCCCCACACUGUUAAUGUCACACGGAACGGGCGGGACAUUGUACUGCAGCUUGAUCACUAUCCUCCAACAAGUUACAGCCUGCCAGCCACAUCUGACAUUCAGUUCAAUUCCCCAAAGGCACUAUUCCUAGGAAAAGUCAUAGAAAUUGGGAAGAUUGACCAAGACAUAUAUAAAUACAACACCCCAGGAUUCACUGGCUGCCUAUCAAGAGUCCAGUUCAACCAGAUUGCUCCACUCAAAGCAGCUCUGAGACCUACCAACGCCUCCUCCCACGUCCACAUCCAAGGAGAACUGGUGGAAUCUAACUGCGGAGCGUCUCCACUCACCAUCCCACCAAUGUCGGCCGCCACCGACCCCUGGCACUUAGACUCAGCAAGUGCUGAUUUUCCAUACAACGGUCAAGCUAUAGGAGAUGGAGUUAACAGAAACUCAGCUAUUAUUGGAGGCGUCAUCGCAGUGGUGAUCUUCACCAUCCUGUGCACCUUGGUGUUCCUGAUCCGCUACAUGUUCCGCCACAAGGGAACCUACCACACCAACGAGGCUAAAGGGGCAGAGUCAGCCGAGAGCGCCGAUGCCGCCAUCAUGAACAAUGACCCCAACUUCACGGAGACCAUAGACGAGAGCAAGAAGGAAUGGCUUAUCUAAACCCAAGGGGAUGGGGCCUGGGGUGGGAUGUGAGCUGGGCCAGGGUGGGACUGGGAUGACUCUUGCAAUGGAGAGAGAACACUCUGUGUCGGACACUUGAGCACACAUAGGAUAAAAAAGAUCAGCACAACUGGAGGAGCAAGUGACAGGAAAAUACCACUGAGACUGGAGAAAAAAAAAAGAAUAUCUCAAGCAUUUAAGAAAAAAUACUUUUUAAUAUUUAUUUACAGCAAAUUGCCCCUUCUGUAUCCCAACAACUACAACAAAGAGCAGUUUUGCAGCUUCAGCAUUGGUUACAAUUUCCAGUAAUACCUGUGUAUAUCUGUGUGUGUUUAGAGAUGUUCUGGAUACCUGUGACAAGAAACAGGGCUGGUUUUUUAUAUUUUUAAAAGCUGUUUAAAAUGUGGGUGGCUCUGUCCUGAGAACAAGUGGCAGCCCUUUCUUCCCAGCAUUGUGUUCCUUCCUGGCUGUCCACUUCCCCGCAGGCUGCCCUCAGCCCCACACCUCGACCACAUCACCGUUUAUUUGGGUGACACUGAUCCAGGGGGUGGGAUAGGGGGUGAGGACUAAUGCAAAUCUUAUUCACCAGUUUCUCAACAUCUCAUCAGCCCAUGUCAGCCCUGGCAGGGCCCAUCUUCUUGACCCAGGCACUUCACUGAUUGUGUGCAAUUCUCAUCAACAAUGUAAAAAUACUGUUAUUAUGACUACUAUUACUAAAGAGGAUUAUCAUAAAGCACAGGAGGCUUUAAAGGUUUUUUGUAUUAUUUUGUUGUUCUCUGAGGGAGGAUGAUGCUGUGUGAGUCUGUAGACCUAGUCUGUUCCUGUGUCUUUGUCUAUGGCACCAGGUCCAUCACCUGAGGCACAUGCCAAGUUAAACUCAGCUCUGCCUGUGGCAUAUUGGCAUAUUCUGUACUUUGUAGUAGCAAAUUAGAGCCAGACUUUGUUUGCUUCUGUUUCUUCUUAAUAGGCUGCCAUAGAACUAUUAGUACAGCUUUACUCAGUGCAUUUGAACCCAUGGACUUUCACAUCCUUUUUUUUUUUUCAACUUGAGAAUAGCAAUUUAUUCUUUAAAUCCCUUGUUUCAGUCCCUUUGCCUUCACUGGCAGUGUUAGCACAGUCCAGAAGGUGAGGCAAAGGAGGCUUGAAAACUCUGCCUCCAGAGCACGUGAGGAACACACAGCACACGGGGAAAGUUACUUCUCAAUACAGAGAUCUAUUCAAAGUAUUUUACUGUCUUUCUAAGGCAUUUUUAAGAACAGCAAGGCCAAUGUCAAGUACAGCAUUGCAUUCCAUUUUUCCCCUCAAAUCAGGAGUGUCCUAGGUGUCACCUGAACAGCAGUCAGGCAGCUAGAAGGAAAGACAAAGGGGCAGCCUGAAGACUUAAUAUCCUUUAGUGGCAAUAAUUUAACAAAGCUUUAGCUUGCCCUCUGUAGAGAAGCAUGAUUCUCCUGUGAUCUGAAUUGAUAGGAAGUUAAGGCCUUAGUGGACAGGUUUUGCAGUGGAACACAAUGAAGGAAUGAAUAUACUGCAGGGCUUUGCCAUGUGCUGAAAGAACAGAACUGAUACCAGGAAUUUCCCUUUAGAAGUAUUUAUUCUUCUGACAGUCUUAGAUUUGCUUUGUCUUUAAUAUUUCCGGGUUUAGUAUGCACAGAUUUAAUUUAUUUUUCUGCACAAGAAAGAUUUCUUUUUCACCCAAACAUGCAAUCUACUACAAUGAGCAGUGCUGGCAUUUUUUAUUUCAUUAUCUCUUUGGUUGCAAAUUUCAUUAUUCUAAUUGACACUUUAAAAACAGGGAAAAAAUCAUAUAGGGGAAAGAAAAUAUUGGAGUCUUACCGGACAAGACAUUGAUAAGCACAAUUUGUCAGAAAGUCAGGCCAGGUAGUUCAGGUUUUAAGGAUGGUAACCUAAAGUCCUGUCUUGGAGGAACAUUAUCAUUGAACAUAGAUAUCAGAGAAAAGCCUAUUAAUUUAUUCUAUUUAUGGAUUUGAAAUUAGCAUACAAAAAAUUUGCCAGUUUUAAAAGCAAUUACUGUUUCUCAGGUAACAUACAUGGCAGAGAGGUUCAGGUAGGCAUAAAAAUUACCUCUGUUACUCUUGUGCUCUGCAGUCUUUUGCCUUGCCUCCACUAUUAACCUCUGCCUCUCUUGCCUGUAAUCACACAGAUGAGUCCUGGGUUUAAUCAUGGGUGUAAAAUAAGUCUUCUUACCUUGGGGAAUAUCAGCAGGGGAUGGAUCUACCCCGUACCACCAUUCAGCAAACUACCUAGCAAUCACAGAUGUCUCCAUAGGAUUGAAAAGGCAUUAUCUUUUCUUUAUGAUUUUAUGUUUCAUUUUAUUUUAAUGGUAUUUUAGUCCACUCUGAAAAACAUCCAUGCCUGCAACUUCAAGCUACCAAGAGAAGUGAACGGAGCAUCAUUUGCAGAGAUUGGCAUUUUAUUUGCAGAAAAAACACUCCUAAUCUGAAUUUAAUGUCUCUGAGGAAGAUCAGACUUCUGUAUCCUGAGAGACUAGAGUCUUCUGCUACUUUAUGUGGGGGAGACAGAUUUAACAGCCAUAGGGCAAAUAGUGCUGAGGCCAAAAGCCUCAGCAUGGCAUUAGAAGGGAAAGAUGGCUUGGUCUCCUUGUCUAACCAAGUUCUUGGCAACGCAAAACACAGUUGUCCCUGGUUAUGGUAGUGAAGCCUGUGAUAUCCACUGAUUUUCUAAAAAACUUACCAGCUAAUCUCCCACAACCCUGGGAGAUUAAGCGAGAACUUCUGGGAAAUAACCUUUGACCAUUGCAUAAGCAAGUUAUAAAUUAGUGUCUUAAGUUUGAAAAACAGUUCAAAUUUCUGAAAUCAAGUCAGGAUCAUCUGCACCUCUCCAUUGAAUGGACACCAUGGACCUUUUUCUGUGAAAUACAUUAGUGCUGUGUUAAAAUACAGUCACUUUCAUAACCUAGAAACCUUUAAAUAUUAGAAUUCUUGUUUCUCCUUAAACUGGACCUUAGACAUGAUAUCAACAAGCAGCUGUCUCUGUAGAGGGAUUUGGUGACUUUGGGUGAAUUCCUGCCUUUCUGCUUUGUAUUUCAUUUCUGAGAAUGGUGUAUGUUUAAUUAUAGGCACUGAUCAUUCAGCAUCCUGGCAGUGAAGCAGGAGACAUAGCCUGUGUAUUUUGCUAGCAUUACAUCUAUUCUGAGAAUUUCUUCCACUGCAAGCCUAUCAUUGAAGGCUGAAACAACAUCCAUCUUACUUGUGCCAAAAAUCCAUGUAGUUCAACAGGUAUGCAGGAACAUCUGUUUGAGGGGAGAGUGGAUCCUGCUUUUAUAAAACUCUGUACUUUCCCCAAAGAAUAUUAAAAUAAUCAGUCUUUUAUCACCUGUAUUUUAGCUGUUUCACCUAUUUGAACUGUGCAGAGAAAUGUAGCUUCUUGUACUGGUUUGGGAACCAAAGUGUCCCAGUUGUGUUUCCAAAGGGUCCUUCUUGACACCACAGAAAACAACGGCAAAAUUGCCACCAGCAGUGGGGAGAGGAAGUCGGGCUGGAGAUCAGGGCUCUCAAUGUUAGUGAAAUAAUGUAAGCAAUAUUUUGGAUUCUCAUUCACAAGACUUGCAGACCACCAGGUAAUGAGACAAGGAGCUCCAAGGAGCCAAAACAAUGGAAAACUUAUUUUGAUGUCAACCCAGCCUCAAGGAAAAUCCGCAGUUCAGUCUGGCGGUUUUGAAUCAGGUCUUUCACACACUGCUUAUUCCGUAUUUACUGAUAGAAAAUUCAGAUGUAUGAAAUAGAAAUAUGUAUCUUUAACUCGUACUGGAGCAUUCCUGCUUUGUAAUUUUUGUGUCUUAAUCUUUACCUGUACCUUUUAUAUCUCUUCUAGCAGCUACCACUUCAAAGCUAUGGCAGCAUUUUAGGGUCAUGCUCUAGGCAGCAUGAUAUAUGUGAGAGGAUGGGCAUCACAAAUAUUUCAGUAAGACUGCCAAAGCAGUGGUGUAUAUGUACAAGUUUAUUGUACUGGUAAGAAUUCAUUUUAAUUAAAACAAUGUCCUUUAAUGGCAAAUUCAUCUAAUUUCCAGGGUAUCUGUUGAAAUGUGAAGCUAAGUUCAACAAGCAAUAGCUUUCAAUAUGGUUUAUCCCAUGAAUGAUUUUACAUUCCAUCAAGCAUGGUGAUCCUGAAGGGAUGUCAUUCUUGAAAAGCAGAACUUAAAUUCUGGUAAUCAGAUGCCAUUAUUCAUCCUAGAGAAAUUAAACAGAAACCUUGCCUUCUAACAGCAACAGCAUGCAAAUUAGAAUUAAUGAAGGGCAGUGUGUUUGUAUUCAUAAAUAUCUUCUGUGAAUGUCUUUCCUUUUAACUAAAGUUCUAUCAGAAACCAGAUUGGUAAAUAAAGAGGAGGG